AUGGCGAACCGCUCCGGGAGCAGCUCCGACGAGGGCGAGCGGGAUGGUUUGCCGGCCCCGAAGCGUCCUCGCCAUCAGCACAACGGGCCCAGACUGGGCAUGGACCGUCGCAAGGAGCGCUGGCCUUCGGAGAGGUUCGAGCUGAUGCCUGCGACGCGCAUGGCUGAAGGGGCCCGCAUUGCCAUCCGUGGCGUGAUGGAGGCCCUGAUUCAGGCGGGCCCGGCGGGGAAUCCAUCGCUUUGCGAAGCAGCGGCGGUCGGAAUUCGCUCCAAAGAGAAGCACCAGGUCUCCGUGGAGCAUCUCGACGUUCCUGCGUUCCGCCAGAGGCCUCCCUGGCACGUCCAGGACCUGCUCGCUUCCCUCUACGCGGCGGCGGAAGCCCUUCGCCGCAUCAACGGCGACAGUGGCGCAGCCCUAGCCAACGAGAGCGACCCGCAAGGCACCCAGACGCUCCGCUCGUCGCAGCCCGCGCGCUCCCUCGCAGGCAGGGCCGCGGACGCCUUCCGUCUGGCGGAGCAAUACGAGCUCUCCCACGAACGCAAGUUCGCCUGCGUCCUCGAAGGAGCGCUGUGCCUCGUCGAGGAGGGCGACCUCGACGGCGCGUACGACCGCCUGCACGCGAUGGUCGUGAAGCAGCGGCGGCGCGGCCACCACGGCACGCACGACGGCCGCCUCGGGCUCCUGAUUCCGGACCCGCCUAGCUUGGAUGUCUUGGCACGCGAACAGUACGCGCUGAUGGGCGCGGUGCGGUACGCGCAGUGGCUGGCGCUGUAUCUGGCAGAGGGCGGCGCGGCGCGGCACGCUGCGGAGGGACCGGGCGUGCUCAAGAUCACGCACGAGCACAAGUGGAAGAAGGCGGCCGACGGUCGCCUGAAGGACCUGCACCGCGAGGCCACGGCGGCUCUGCGGCGCGCGCUUGAGAGCGCGCCCGCGGAUUUCACGAGCCUCUUCGCCCUCGUGCACCUUCUGCUCGUGGCGGGCCACAGCCAGGAGGCCGCGCAGCACGUGGGGAAGGGCGUGGGGGCGGCUCCGCGCGAUCCGGACCUGCUGGCGCUGCGGAGCAUGGUGGAGGUGUAUUGCGGGGGGACUCUGGACGAGGAUGACGAGCGGGGCGUGAAGGAGGCGACGGAGAAGCAGCUGAGAGUCAGGCACCUGAGAACGUGGACGGAGGUCGUCCAGCUCGACCCGUCCAAUGCGUCGGCGGCCCUGGCGCUCCUGAAUCUGUGGCGCGAUCGCGGCUGCAGCGAGAACAUCGUCGAUGACGGCGCGGGGCGGAAACAGACCGCGGCCGACGCGCGGGCGGCGCUCGCUGCCGCGCUUCUCUUCCUCGACGUCCACGGCUGUGUGGCAGGUCCCGCUGCCGGCGCGUCCCCGCAGUCCGCCGGCGCGGUCGCGGACGAGUGGUGGCGGGAGCUUGGUGCGCUGGUUCGAGCCGCCGCCGGGGGGCUCUCGGAGGACCUCCGCGACAGACAGGGCGGCGCCGCGAGCCCCGCGGAGGCCGCGGACGCCCUCGUGCGCGCGCACAUGGGCCCCGCGGCCGGCGCGACGGGCCCCGUCGCGCCCCUGCUGCGCCUGCGGGAGGCGUUCCGGCCACGCGUGUCCUGGUGGCCGUCGGCCGCGCUGUGCCCCGCGACGCAGCGUGCGCAGGGGGCCGCGGACGUGGGCGGCGCCGGCAGCGCGGUCGAGCGGCGUGAGGUUGCGCUGUUCCUGUCGGCGGUGUUUGGCGACGGGGCGGUCGGGCCGCUGUCGGAGGCGCCGCAGCUGAGCAGACGCGCGCAGCAGCGCCUCGUGGAGAUGGAGCGGUACUGCGGCGACGUCGCGCACGUGAGGGAGGCGACGAGGCGGCUCAGUGACGGAGGGGACUCCUGGCAACACCCCCUCGGGGUGCGCUGA